AUGCCGCACCCCUACUUCAAGUCGGAGAGGCAACCCCCUCAGAGCGUUGUCGAUGUGAAUUCCCCAAGGAUCUCCUACGCCAAGUCGCCUCCGAGGCUCAACAAGAACGCAGAUGACGAGGGAGGAGUGCGCGAGAUCCGCAAGUCGGCGAGGCAGCGCGGUGUGGCGGCCCCUUACAUUCGCACCUCUCUGUCUCCCGAGGCGCAGAGCCGCGCGGGGCGCCGUAAUCGCGCUUGGUUCCUGGAUGGCCUCGAUGUCACCAAGUCGUCCGAGGAUGAAGAAGAUGACGAGGACGAGGACGAGCCCAGGAGAUCCUACGCGAAACAACCUUGGUAUGUCUCCGGCAAACGGAAAGCACCCGAAUACUUCAGCACGGAAACGGUGGACGAUGACCCCCAGGACGACAAAAACGGUACUGACAAAACGCCUACGAUGACUCGCCGUGAGCGUGUCGAGCACUGCGACAAUGCGUUCUUCGUCCGGUACCGUGGCGGAAACUCCAAGGCUCCUCCGUCGUUGCUGGCGUCCAUGGAAAAGCUAAGAAGGGGGUACCCCGCCGCAAAAGUUCAGCUAUACCAUUCCAAGGGCAGACACCCACGCCACUGGAAGGUCAAGUGCUCCAACUGUGACUGCUUCAUCGCUACCGGGCCCGGACCCGUGGGUGCGAUUCCGAGUGUCUACCGCCAUAUGAAGAGCGUCCUCCACGAGCCGGCAUCCGCUGGUAAAGACAAGGGAGCGGCCGCUCGAGGUCCAGGCGGCAGUUCGAGCUCGAGCGCGAAGACUGCGAAGAGCCACGCGGAACGCGCACACGCUCCUACAGGUUCCGCUUCCGCGUCCGCCCCCGCGUCCGCCUCAGCCACCGCGGCCCCCGUGAAGCGAUCCGGAGGCGCCGCGCCCCCGCGGAAGCGGCAGAAGCUCGCGGGGGAGGCGGAGCUCGACGCUGCCGCACGCUUCUGCGCGGAGUUCGGGAUGGAGGUGGCGGAUGCGGAGCGGCUGAGGAGGGUGGGGCUGAACAACGAGGGGCGGAUGAAGGCGCUGGGGAAGGCGUCGGAGGGGACGCUGGAGCGGUUGAUGAGCACGUUGAAGGACGCGGGGCUGGACUAUCCCGGACAGCUUCUUGUGAGGGAGGGUUUGGUGCAGAGGGCGGCGGGUGGUCCUUGA